CCGACAUUACAAUACCGAGGACACUUUCCAAGUCCACCAUGCCCAUGGCGAGUCGACUGCAUGUCGCCGAUAGUAGACCCGAGGACUGGGUAUACGUCUCUGAAGGUGGGGCAACCAUCGUGUUCUCUUACAGAGGCACGGAGAACCCACACUUCCAGGGUCGCGUUCUCCGCCUGCGCAAAACUGCUCUCUCGAACAACGACACGGGUCGCGGUGUCGAGGAGGAACCCGAUGAUCCCAUGAUCGCGUUCCAAAGGGAUGUCAUCUCGUGCAUAGUCCCUCAGGCAUUCCUCCCGGAUCUGGACGUUGUUUUGUUGAACGAGUCGUGGUUGGAUGCAAUCGAGUGCCUGCGCAAUAGUGAUCGGCCUCAGGAAAGAUGGAAGAAAGAUAAGAUCGACAAACGACGGAGAAAGGGGGUCCUCGCGACAAACCUCGUCGGAGGCGAGGGUAUUGUUGCGGUAGAGAUAAAGCCCAAGUGGGGAUUUUUACCCAGAGAACACCAUCUGUCGCCGCAAACAGUCUCUACUAAAACAUCGACUUGUCGGUUUUGCAUGCACACCCGUCUCAGGUCGCAGGAGGGUGCCUCUCCUACAGACUAUUGUCCUAUGGAUCUAUACUCUCGCAACGAAACUCGCAUGGUGAAAGCGAUUCAUGACCUGUGGAAUGCCUGGGUCAGGAGCGACGGGUCGUUGAACAAUUUUAGAAUAUUCGUGUCUGGAAAGGUGAUCAAGCCUUCUCAUCAUGACUUCCACGAUGUCCCAAUCGGGCCGCCAGACACAGGGGUGUCUUCAAGUUUUAAUAGUGGCUUUAAGGAGACUCUCAUGGAAAAUCUCAUGCGCCUCCUCCUUGAUACGAGAGUGUUAGACAUCAUUUCUACCUUGCAACGCACCCUGGACGAGCUAGAUAUCGAGGGCAUUUCUAAGCUUUGCUCUAUGUCGAAAGCAGAUCUGGCUUCCAUGGUCGCCAAUCCAACUCCCGAAGACUGGCGUGAUUUCAUCAGGUGUUACCAGACAAGUUAUUGUACAUGGGAUCACGCGAACCCCGAUCCUAAGAAUAUCAAAGACUAUCUCAUGGCAUAUCUUCUUUCAGCAACGUUCAAAGACUGCUCGAUCAUACUCAGGUUCAACCAAGGCGGCGGAUCGUUGCCAUCGCAUUCAGUCAGUAUCAUUGACCUAGACCCUAAACCGAUGAACAAGCUUGGGGAAUGGGAAGAACUUGACAGGAGGGUCGUUGAGGGAUAUAGAGCUGGAGGUCAACAGAAGCGUUGUGCUCCUUAGCGCUAUUUCCUGUAACUGUAGUCCACUUUGAACAGAUUAAGUAAUCAAUUAAACCUC